AUGAAGGUGUGGUCGUGGGAGCAGUUUGGGGAGACGGGUGUGGUCCUCCUUGGCUUCCUGACUCUGGUGGUGUCUAUGGGAAAUCUGUCCGCCCGAGGCUCACAGGGUGGGCAGGAGGAGGGCACUGCCUCCAACAGUCUUGAAGAGGAGCUGGAAGUGACCACCUACUGGUGGGGCGAGUGGGCCAAGUGGACAGCCUGCACUCGAACCUGCGGAGGGGGGGUGAUGUCCCAGGAGAGACACUGCCUCAAACAGAGAAAGAAAGUUGCUGCUGGAAAGGACAACAUGACCUGCACAGGCACAGCCAAGAAAUACCAUCUCUGCAACACUAAAGAAUGUCCCGCCACGGGGAGGAGCUUCAGAGAGGAGCAGUGUUGGUCCUUUAACUCACAGCUCUACAGUGGGAGGAGCUACCACUGGAAACCUCUGUAUCCUGAUGAUUACGUUCACAUCUCCAGUAACCCCUGCGACCUUCACUGCACCACGACUGACGGCCACAGGCAGCUCAUGGUGACGGCACGAGAUGGCACUUCCUGCAAGUACAGCAGCUACCGCGGCGUCUGCGUGGACGGGACGUGUGAGCCGAUCGGAUGCGAUGGCGUUCUGUUCUCGUCCAACACUUUGGAUAAAUGUGGUGUUUGUCGGGGGGACGGCAGCAGCUGCAGCAGAGUCACUGGAAACUUCCGCCGUGGGGCCACAACGCUGGGUUACUCUUUCAUCACGCAGAUUCCCGAAGGAUCUUGGGACAUCCAGAUCAUUGAGAGAAAAAAAUCUGCAGAUGUUCUCGCUGUGACUGACCAGGCGGGGAAUUUCUUCUUUAACGGUGCCUACAAGUUGGACAGUCCCCAGAACUUCCACGCAGCAGGAACCGUUUUCAAAUACCGCCGACCCAUGGACGUUUAUGAGACUGGGAUCGAAUACAUUGUGGCCAAAGGCCCCAUUGACCAGGCCAUAAAUAUCCUGGUUUGGAACCAGAACGGCCGAACCCCCUACAUCACCUACGAAUACACCGUCCACCGAGACGCCCUGCCUCCUGUCCCACCUCCUCCUGUCUACACAGGUUCGGACUCCUCAGCCGGGGAGGUGUCUGUGGAGGAGAGUGGCCCGCUGGCCCCUAACGGCAGCGUAAAUAACCGGGACGUUCCGGGGGACCAGUUGCAAACGAGUGGCGCUGAUGGGCAGAAGGGCCAGGAGACGAACGAGGUGUACGAAGAGACGGCGGCCAUCGACUGCGACCAGGACAAAGCAGCCGCCCCAAAGCAGACGGGGAACAGCAGCCAAACCGUGAGCACUGCCAAACCGCCGCCUGACGGUGGACCCCUGGACACCGAGCCGGACUCAACAAACCUCAUAUGGAGGGUCCUCCUGGAUGGACAAAUCAGCCCGGACGAGCUGCUCAUCAACAUUUCCACCAACCAGCUGUUGACGGGGGGAGACGGCUUGUUCCCACCUGAGGUGGACCUGGGCAGCUUGGAACGGAUCAACCCGACAGACCUGAACGAGACGCUGGAGUCCACUCUGGGCCACAGAGGCAACGACAGCGGAGACAACCAGAACAGAACGGUUCAGUUCAACGGGAGGACCUCCGGCCGCUCCAACAGAACCAGGGGGAAUCAGAGGUUUUACCAGAAGAACCUGAAGCUGAGCCCUGCAGACAUGUACCGCUGGAAACUUUCCUCUCAGGAGCCCUGCAGCAUGACCUGCUCCAUUGGGGUGUCAAAGUCCUUCGUCUCGUGCGUUCGUUACGAUGGCGUCGAAGUUCACGACAUGUACUGUGAUGCGCUGACCAGACCAGAGCCGGUCCAUGACUUCUGCAUCGGCAGAGAGUGUCAGCCGAGAUGGGAGGCGAGCAGCUGGAGCGAGUGCUCCCGGACCUGCGGAGAGGGUUUCCAGUUUCGCCAGGUUCGCUGCUGGAAGAUGCUCUCGCCGGGCCUCGACAGCUCGGUCUACAGCGACCUCUGCACCAUGGCCGACCUGGAGAGACCCAUGGAGAGACGAGCGUGCAAGAGUCCCGCCUGCGGUCCACAGUGGGAGGUAGCAGAGUGGGCAGAGUGCCCUGCUAAAUGUGGCCGCAAAGCUCAGGUGACCCGUGAUGUUCGCUGCUCUGACGAGACCAGACCAUGUGACCCCAUGACCCAGCCGCCAAACGUGAAAAACUGCACGGGUCCGCCCUGCGAACGCCAGUGGACUGUGUCAGAGUGGGGUCCUUGCUCUGGUUCCUGCGGCCAUGGGAAGAUGGUUCGUCACGUGUACUGCAAGACUCCUGAAGGCCGGGUGGUUCCUGAGAACCAGUGCUCCCCAGAGAACAAGCCGCUGGCCGUGCAGCCCUGCGGGGAGAGGGACUGCGCUCCACACUGGCUGAGCCAAGACUGGGAACGGUGCAACACAACCUGUGGGCGCGGAGUGAAAAGGAGGAUCGUGUUGUGCGUGAGCAUCAGCGGAGGAAAGUUUCAGAUCUUUGAUGAGGAGGCGUGCAGCAGCAGCGAGAAGCCCGAAGAGGAAGCCACCUGCUUUGAGAGGCCGUGCUUCAAAUGGUACACCACCCCCUGGUCCGAGUGCACAAAGACGUGCGGCGUUGGAGUGAGAAUGAGGGAUGUGAAGUGUUACCAGGGCAGGGAGUUUGUUCGGGGCUGCGACCCCCUCACCAAACCAGUGGCUAAACAGACCUGCACCCUGCAGCCCUGCCCCACCGAGCCGCCAGAUGAGAGCUGCCAGGACCGACCCUCCACCAACUGCCUGCUGGCCCUGAAGGUGAACCUGUGCAGCCACUGGUACUACAGCAAGGCCUGCUGCCACUCCUGCCGCGCGCUCCGACCUUCCACCUCUUAG